CACACUAAUUACAUUACACAAUUGAAAAAACAAAGAAGAAAAAAAGGCAAGUUAAAAUAAAAAUAAAUAAAGUAAAAUAAAAAAUAAAAUACACAAAGAGAGGGAGAUAGUAUAGUAUAGUGAUCACUGAAACCCUAAAAUUUACAGCCUUUUUUCUUCUCUCUCUCUAUUUCUAAAAACCUCAUAGUCUCUCUUCUCAUCAAGGCAAUCUCCUCGAUUUUCGUGCCUAAUUAGUCCCUUUUUCUCUCUACAUUUUACUUCUAUCUCUUUAAUUCUCUUAAUCUUUUCUGUAUAAUUUUUUUUCUGAUUUUUUGAGUAUUUUUUUAAUUUAUUUUGUUUUGGAUGGCCACGCCGCCGGAUUCGUCUGGUUCACCGGCGGCGAAAGCUGAUGGUGGCUCAGCCGUAACCGCAGCCGGAGGAGGUGGAGGUGGGAGUGUUAGCAGUCCUCAAUCACGGCGGAGUUUGCAAGCACCUUGGGCUCAAGUGGUUCGUGGUGGAGAGCCGACGGAAUCAGUUUCGAGUCCUCGGUCGCCGUCACCGUUACCGUCAGCUGCCGGAGUUUCUCCGGAGAAAAUUAUGUUAUCGGAGGAUUGUGCUAGUCAGAAGCCGUCGCCGGAGAUUUCGAGUUCCGGUGAUCUGUCGGAGAGUUCUGAUAGUAAUAAUGAUGGCAAUGUAGGUCGGCCAAAGAAACCUGCUUGGAAUAAACCGGUAAAUGGUGUUGUUGAACCGGUUUCUGUUAUGGGUGGAGCUAUUUCGUGGCCUGCUUUAUCUGAGUCUACUCGGCCCAGCCCAAAAUCAGCUGCUGAUUCAUCGAAAUCUAUUCCAGAUGGAUCCACUUCUGUUUCUCAGGGCCCAAUAAUUACUCAGUCACCACAAAAACAAGCUACUGUCAAUGCAAACACAAAUUCAAAUGCAAACCCUACUGCCCCUGUUCGACAAAGAUCAAUGAAAUACAAAGGCAGCAGCAGCGGCGGUAGUGGUCCAGGUGGUGGAGUAUUUGUUAGAACUUCGCCUCCGCCUCCACCUCCAUUGCCUCCACCAUUUCCUAUAAUGCAUUACGGACCUGUUCUUGAGCCUCCAGUAAGAGGUUCAAGACCUGUUGGUGGAGGAUUUCCGUCUCAACCGCCACAUGGAACAAAUGAUCAUUCUCCACACAGAAAUCAUGGCAGGAAGGGUAACUUUGGGAGUCGACCUCGUGGAGAUGGAUCUUAUCAUAAUAGCCAUGGGGGCAGGCGUGAUCAAGAUCGGCGAGAUGUUCAUAUGGCUCCUCAGUUUGCUCCUCCUCCUCCUCCUCAUGCGGCGUAUAUAAGGCCUGCACCUGGUACUGCCCCAUUCCUUCCACCUCCUCCUCCUAUGAGACCCUUUGUUGCUCCGAUGGGAUUUGAUAUGGCUCCAUUCUUUUAUGUUCCUCCGUUGAAUCCAGAGCCCUAUAGUAGUGUGCCAAUCAUCAGCCAAGCUCCACAACUACCCCAUCAUUUACCUUUAGUGGAUCCUAAUUUGCCUCCUUCCUUGAUUAAUCAGAUAGAGUAUUACUUCAGUGAUGCUAAUCUUGUAAAAGAUGAUUUUUUGAGGUCAAAUAUGGAUGAGGAAGGCUGGGUUCCAAUUAAUUUGAUUGCUAAUUUUCCUCGAGUUAAGAAUUUGACAGAUAAGGUCCAGUCUGAUAAUAUCCAGUUCAUUUUGUAUUGUUUGAGGGCUUCAACGUUUUUAGAAGUGCAGGAUGAGAAGGUAAGGAGACGGGAUGGUUGGAGGAAAUGGACGCAUACUACUGGCCAGCAUGCAGCUGAUUCAGGUUCGUCCACACCUGUUGCAUCGACAGAUGGUGGUCUAACAGCUUCCCUGCAGAAUGUCUCUUUGAACGAAUCAGCUACAAAUAUCAGUAGUGCUACAGAAGUGACCGAUGCUCAACUGGAGGUAGCUGCUGGUGGCUUAUCAGACAAAUCGACUAAUCAAUCAAAGCUGGUUCAAGAAGAAGGCAGCACCAAUGCUGAAGAAAUCUCUACCAAGCACGGAUGAAACAGUGCUGUCGAUUUUGCAUAUAUUGCAAUGAGUGGCAACUGUCUUACAUACUGAUUCUAUCAAGAAAGGUGUAUUUGGAAGGUUAUACAUACAGCAUUUGCUGCCCUUGGUGGAUGCCAUAAUUUUUUGCAGUUUUUGAGGUGAGUGGAAGAGUUAAAACUAAUGUGUAAGUUAUCUGGUAUAGAGAGUGGAACGAUAGUGGAGAUUAAAAGGAUAUACAGUUGAGGCUUGAAACUUUUGAGUCGUUGGGCUCGUAUACUUGCAUCGCGUUUGCUGGCUGGUAUUCCGUUGUGAUUCAGUGGAGUGAAUUUGGAUUUUGAGCCCUAGGACAACUUUUUUUGGGUUGAAUUUUACCUCCAUUUCAGAGGAAAGAUUCUGAAAAUGUAGAAAUUUAAGUGCUUGGCUGGUAACCAGAGUGCUCAGCUCUGCUGAUUUUGUUAUACUUAUCUAGGCAUAUUGAUUGUUUUGAAUUAUUUUGUUUCAUUUUAUUAUCUUUUAUUUA